AUGAUUUAUACAAAUAUUUUAUUUAUAAAAAAUUUUUUAAACUAUAAAAAAUUUAAUUAAUAUAUGUUGACAAUAAUUGAUCAGCUUCUUGAAAAGGGAAAAUCAGCUGUAUUUAAGUUAGAGGAUGAAAUACUUCAAAUUUAAACUUAAGACACUUAUUCCUAAAUAAUAAGAAUUCCUAUUUUACAGAUUGAAUAUCAAUAAAUAGCUUAAAAGCUUGCUUAAAUUUAUAAACAACUAAAUUAGAAUUCUUAUAAAGAAAUAAUUUCAAUAGUUAACUAAAUGAAUUUAUUUAAUCUUGAAAAUGAAAUAAAUAACAAAUUAAUUAGUAGCUAUUAGGAGGAGGAAGAAGAUGAAGAAAUUGGCAGUGAUGAAGAAGAUAACCAAUCUGAGGAGUAAGAAGAAUAAGAAAGUUCAUUUUAAGAGGAAGAAGAAGAAGAAGAAAGAGAAAUAAAUAUGGAAAUUGAAAAUAAUAUUUAAGAAAUAACAAUUGAAUAACUAUAACAAAAUAAAAAAAAUUAAGAAUAAGAAGAAGAUGAUGAUGAUUAUGAUGAAAUACAUGAUAUUUUGCUUUUAAUUUAAAAAGAUAGUAUAGAUAUAGUUAAAAGAAAUUAAAAAAUCCUUGAAGAAAAAUUAUAUUCUACUAAAAAAGCUUAAAAUAGGCAUUUCAAAAAAAAAGAAAAGAAAUUUGAGGACCUAUUUGAAUAAGAAUAUUACACCAGAUUUCUUAAAAAUAAAAAUAUGAAUAAACAUUUCUAGAAAAUAUUAAAAUAAAAAUCUAACAAAAAUUAAAAGUUACUUAAAGUUAACUCUUAUUAAGAUGAGUUCAAAAAUUUGAAUGAGCUAAUUAUCAACAUGAUAUCUAAAGAUAGUAAUUUUGAAAUUGAAAUAAACUUCAGCUUAAUAAGGAAUUGUUUAUUUGAACAGGAAUUAGAAAUCUAAAAUCUCUAAUUUGUUAAUAUACAAAGACUCUACCAUACAAAUCAACAAAAAUAUAGAAAUGUUGAUCAUUCUAAUUUUUAUUCUGAUUUAAUUGAAUUGUUAGAUGAGAAAAACUAAGUUUUAAAAGUUGAAAACCUAGAUUUCUUUAUUGAAGAUCAAAACAUAAUAACUCAUGACCAAAACCAAAGCAUUGAUCAUUGUAUGUGUUGUUAUAAUGUAGUAAGCAAUUGUGGUAAUUAUGGGUUUUAACAAAGGAUAUUUAAUUUAAAAAAUAUUGUAGCACAAAGCAUACAAAUUGAAUUAUAGUAAAAUGAUCCAGUUUUUCAUGACAUAAUUCUUCAUAAUAAAGUGAAAUAAAUUACAUUUACAGGAGAAUAUGGAUUUGGUGUUAAUUUUAUUUUUAAGAAUGGUGCCUAUAUCAAUUAAGUUAAUUGGAAUAUUAAAAAGUUUUCUCUUCCUUUUACUAUUUGGGUUUUUGAGAAAUUUUUUAUCGGAAAAAUAGGACACUUAUGUUUUUAAAAUUUAACCAAUCAAUGCUAUUAUGAUAGUUUAGUUAACCCAAGCAUAUUUACAUCACCUAUCUCAUACUCUUUUAACAAAUAUCAUAGAGAAUAUGACAAAUAUGGUAAUAAUUAAUAAAUAGUAAAAGAUCUUUAAGUAAAACUUAACGAAAGAUUCAUAUUCUAAAUGCAAAGUAUAAUUCUUUAUAAGCUAUCAGAUUUAUACUUUAAUCUGAGUCCUUUUAAAAUUGUUUAAGAUUUAUACUUUUGA